AUGUCAGAACAAUUUUGGAUUAAAAAACUGGAUAACCCAACUUUAAGUGUUUUACCAAAUGAUUAUUUACGUCCUCACUCGGAACCAUUAUCGAUCCAAAGGACUAUCAAUAUUAAAGUGCCACAGUUAGACUUACCUAUUGAAAACUUUAAUGAUACAUAUAUAACAUCUUUGGCUGUUUGGUCAUCAUUGAUCCUUAGAUUAACUGGUGAUGAUGAUAUCCUUCUGUAUAUUCAAGGUAAUAGAGUAUUGCGAUUUAAUAUUCAAAAGGACUGGUCGUUUCAGCAAUUAUAUAACGUCAUCUCAAAUGAAUUAGAAAAUUUACCUUCUAAUGAUUCAAUCAAUUUCGAUGACUUAUCUGAAACUAUCAAAAUUUUAAAUGAUAACAACUUGACUCCACCUACAUUAUUUAAACUAGCAUUUUUGAAAAAUGAACAAAAUUUUAAUUUAAACCAUUUUAAAUACUCUCCAAUUGAUUUAGCCAUCAAUUUACAAUUGUCUGAUAAUGAAGAGUCAGUUUUGGAAUUCAACUAUAAUUCUUUAUUGUUUUCAGAUAAAAGAAUUUCAAUCCUGAUCGAUCAAUUUUUAAAUUUCAUUACUUCAAUUACAUCUGAUUCAAACCAAAUUAUAACUCAAAUCCCACUUCUAACUAGUUCUUCGAAAGAUGACAUACCUGAUCCAACUACGAAUUUAGGUUGGUGUGACUUCGUCGGUUGUAUUCAAGAUAUUUUCCAAGAUAAUGCCGAAAAAUUUCCAGAUAGAACUUGUGUCGUAGAGACUCCUUCGUCUUCUCAACUCGAAAGAAUCUUCACCUACCAACAAAUAAAUCGUACCUCCAAUGUAGUGGCUCAUUAUUUAAUAUCUACAGGCAUCAAACGUGGUGAUGUAGUCAUGAUUUAUUCUUCUCGUGGUGUCGAUCUAAUGGUUUGUGUAUUGGGUGUUUUAAAAGCUGGCGCAACCUUUUCUGUCAUCGACCCUGCUUAUCCACCAGCAAGACAAAAUGUAUACUUAAGUGUUGCGAAACCUCGUGGGUUGAUUGUAAUUAGAUCAGCUGGAAAACUAGACCAAUUAGUAGAGGAUUUCAUAACAAAUGAGCUGGAAAUCGUCUCUCGAAUCCCUUCAAUUGCUAUCCAAGAUGACGGGAAAGUUGAAGGUGACAUUGCUAACGAUCCAUUAUCGAAAUUUGUGCAAUUACAAGAUACAAGAACAGGGGUGAUUGUUGGUCCAGACUCAAAUCCAACUUUGUCAUUUACUUCAGGUUCAGAAGGUAUUCCAAAGGGUGUAUUAGGUAGACAUUUCUCAUUAGCAUACUAUUUUAAUUGGAUGUCAAAACAAUUUAACUUAUCUGAAAAUGAUAAUUUUACCAUGUUGAGUGGUAUCGCUCAUGAUCCUAUCCAAAGAGAUAUGUUUACUCCACUAUUUCUAGGUGCUAGAUUGUAUGUUCCAACUCAAGAUGAUAUCGGCACCCCAGGUAAAUUGGCAGAAUGGAUGAAUAAAUAUAACUGUACUGUCACCCAUUUAACACCAGCAAUGGGUCAAUUAUUAACUGCACAAGCUGUAACACCUUUCCCAAAAUUACACCAUGCAUUUUUUGUUGGUGACAUACUAACCAAACGUGAUUGUUUAAGAUUACAAACUUUGGCUGAAAAUUGUACCAUCGUCAAUAUGUAUGGUACUACUGAAACCCAGCGUGCAGUUUCUUUCUUCGAAGUUGAAUCAAGAAGUAAGAAUCCUGAAUUUUUAAAGAAUUUGAAAGAUGUCAUGCCCGCUGGUAAAGGUAUGUUCAAUGUUCAAUUGUUGGUUGUUAAUAGAAAUGAUAGAACACAGUUAUGCGGUGUUGGUGAAGUUGGUGAAAUUUAUGUGCGUGCAGGAGGUCUUGCUGAAGGUUAUCGUGGGUUGCCAGAAUUAAAUAAAGAGAAAUUUGUUAAUAACUGGUUGGUUGAUGAACAUCACUGGGAUUAUUUAGAUAAAGGUAAUGAACCAUGGAGGGAGUUUUGGUUUGGCCCAAGAGAUAGGCUAUACAGAACUGGUGACUUAGGUCGUUAUUUACCGGAUGGUAAUUGUGAAUGCUGUGGUCGUGCAGAUGAUCAAGUUAAAAUUCGUGGGUUUAGAAUUGAGUUGGGUGAAAUUGACACUAAUAUUUCUCAACAUCCAUUAGUUAGGGAAAACAUCACAUUAGUUCGUAAAAAUAAUGACAAUGAAAGUACUUUGAUUACUUUUAUGGUCCCAAGAUUUGACAAACAAGAGCUUCAAAAUUACUGUUCCCAUGAAAUUAUAGAUAGUACUGACCCAACUGUCAUUGGCUUAGUCAAAUAUAACUUAUUGGCAAAAUCUAUUAAAGAACAUUUGAAAAAAAGGCUGGCAAGUUAUGCAAUUCCAACUUUUAUUGUUGUAUUGAAUAAAUUACCAUUAAAUCCUAACGGUAAAGUGGAUAAACCUAAAUUGCAAUUUCCAACCGCUAAACAACUUUAUGAGGUCAACAAAUGCGGCACCACCAAUGUUGAUGACUCUUCCUUUACCAUAACGGAAAAACAAAUAAGUGAAGUUUGGCUAGCAACUUUACCAACAAAACCUUCCUCUAUUGCACUAGAUGAUUCAUUUUUCGAUCUGGGUGGCCACUCAAUUUUAGCUACGAGAAUGAUAUUUGCUUUGAGAAAAGCAUUUGAUAUUGAGCUUCCUUUAGGUAUAGUAUUCAAAUAUCCAACUCUGAAAGCACUCGCUAAUGAAAUCGAUAUUAUUAAAUCAUCUGAAUCUAGUACUACUGACGAUUCAGUUGUCGAUUAUUAUAAAGAUGCAUUGGAACUGGUAAAUUCUCUACCGGUUUCAUUCCAUCCUCGAGAACCAUUCUGCUUUAAUUUAGGUUCCUCUUCAACUACCAUUAAUGUAUUCUUAACAGGUGUCACAGGUUUCUUGGGUUCAUUUAUCCUAUCGGAUAUUUUAAACCGUAGUACUAGAGGCUUUGAGUUUAAGGUUUACGCUCAUGUAAGAGCAAGUAAUCAACAGACAGGAUUGGAAAGAAUUAAGAAAGCUGGUUUAACCUAUGGUACCUGGAAAGAAAAAUUUGCUGAAAAAUUACAAAUUGUUAUUGGCGACUUGUCUGAAACACAAUUUGGAUUGCCAGAUUCAGAAUGGUCUAAGCUAACCACGACAAUCGAUGUUAUAAUUCACAAUGGUGCCCUAGUUCAUUGGGUAUAUCCAUAUACAAAUUUAAGAAGUGCCAAUGUCGUUUCAACAAUCAAUGUUAUUAAUUUGGCUGCCCAUGGAAAGCCUAAAUUUUUCACAUUUGUUUCAUCUACUUCAACACUUGAUACUGAAUAUUAUUUUAAUCUAUCUGAUAAAUUGGUAUCAGAAGGUAAAAGUGGUAUUAUGGAAUCUGAUGACUUACUUGGUUCUUCAAAGGGCCUAUCGGGAGGUUAUGGUCAAUCUAAAUGGGUUUCUGAAUAUUUAAUCAGACGUGCCGGUGAAAGGGGGUUGCGUGGCUGUAUUGUUCGUCCUGGUUAUGUAACUGGUGAUUCAAAAACAGGUUCAUCAAACACAGACGACUUCUUGUUGAGAUUUUUGAAAGGUGUUGUACAACUUAGAAAAAUUCCAAAUAUCGAAAAUUCAGUGAAUAUGGUACCUGUUGAUCACGUCGCAAGAACCGUUGUUGCAACUUCUCUAAAUCCACCGUCAAGUAAAGAGCUAUCUGUCGCACAGGUCACUGGUCAUCCUCGUAUUAAGUUUUAUGAAUACCUAUUCACCCUACAAGCUUAUGGUUAUGAUGUUACUAUUGAAUCGUAUGAUGAAUGGAAGGGAUCUUUGAAAUCAUCCGUAAUUGAAAACAAUGAAGAAAAUGCAUUAUACCCACUAUUGCAUAUGGUUUUGGAUGAUUUGCCAAGUGGCACAAGAGCACCUGAACUAGAUGAUUCUAAUACAGUCAAAUCAUUAAAAAAUGAUGUGAAGUGGACCGGAAUUGAUGUUUCAAAGGGUAAAGGCAUCGACAGGGAUCAAAUGGGUAUUUAUAUUUCUUAUCUGAUCAAAGUAGGCUUUCUUCCACCUCCAUCUCACAAAGGUCAAUAUGAAUUACCUGAAAUAAAUUUAACUGAUGAACAGAUCAGUUUAGUGUCAUCCGGUGCUGGUGCUCGUUCUAGCUCUGCGAAAAACUAA